AUGUCUGCUCUAUCGUUUCUGUACUCCCAAAUAUUUGUUCGCCUCCCAGCCCCUAAGCAUGACUUCACUGGGCAAACCAUUGUCAUCACUGGCGGCAAUGCAGGACUUGGGCUGGAAGCUGCACGGUACUUCCUCAACCUGAAUGCAUCCGAGAUCAUCCUUGGUGUUCGAAGCCUUGCAAAGGGUGAAAAUGCAAUUAAGGAUUUGGAGAGUUCUACCGGGCGGUCAGGCCAAACCAGGCUCUUUCAUAUAGAUAUGGAAAGUUAUGCUUCCGUUCAGGAGUUUGCUGCCGCUAUUUCCAAACUACCGAAGGUUGACGUUCUUAUGCUCAACGCCGGGAAGCUGGAGCAAAAGUUUUACAUGGCGGAGGAGGAUGAGAGCACAAUCACAGUCAACGUUGUUAGCACUUUCCUGCUGGCCCUGUUGCUAUUACCAAAACUUCGCGCUUCGGCUACCGAGAAAGGGCCAAUCCCUCGACUCUGUAUUGUAGCAUCAGACCGACAUGUCAUGACCAAUUUGCCCGAAUGGAAAACUCCCAACACUUUUGUUGCUUUGCGAAAGCAGACGAAGUCAGGGCCUGACGAUAGGUAUCACCAGAAGAAACCAUUGCCCAUAGAUGACUAA